AUGGAGAAAGGAGCUGGGAGACAAAGAGGAGGUGAAGAGGAAGAGAUUGUAGAGGUAGAGGAGACCGGUGCAGCAGGGCAGUGGGGGGAAGCGGAGGUGCUGGCUCUUCUGUCAGUGUGGGGGGAGCUGGGAGCAGCUCAGCAUUCAGGUGUAUGCAGCAGAGCCACAUUUGAAUGCAUAUCAGAGCAGCUGAAAGGGUUGAAUGUGCUGCAUGGCUGGAGGGAGUGCCAGGCCCAGUGCAGGAGGCUGGGACUGCUGGGCAGGAAGGCUGAACAGCCAGGCACAUCCACCAACUACAGGCAGGGGGCAGCAGCCAUGAUGGACGCCCAAAUGAAUCAAAGUGAUUGGGAGGAAAAGGAGGAUCUGACCAGUGAGAAAGAGGCUCACUCUUCCUCAGUCACAAUACAGGAAGGUAACUGGGAGUUACAGGAACAGUGUACUGGCUGAGAAGUUGUUUAGUAUACACAGCAGUAGUUUAAUUAAAAUAAUCUUUGAGGUAUCCCUCAUUUAGAUAAGAGGCCGCUUCAUGACCAAGAUGUUGACUCAGACAUAACUGGAGUCACAUACCAUUAGCCUAGAAAAAGGGUUAAACUGAAUCUAAAUAAACCAGAGUAUCAGUAACAGACAAUAUCAAAAAUGGAUCCCUUGAUUGACAUCCUUUAAAAAUGUGUGUGUUUGUUAAGGAGGCCCGUGUCAGAUUCUUCGCGGGGCUCUCCCAUAUGCCCAAUACUUGGGCCCUGAGGGGGGCCGCCAUUGGACAGAUGAGGAGGUGCGAGCUCUGUUGUGUGUCUGGUCUGACCGCCACAUCCGCCAACGCCUCAAAGGAACGCUACGCAACAAGGCCAUCUUCCAGGAGAUGGCCCGCCGCAUGCAGAGAGGCUUCGGAGUGGUGCGCAACUGGAAACAAUGCCGCACUAAAUACAAGAACCUCAAGUAUGAGUACAAGACAGCCAAGAGCGCACAGGCCGCUGCAGGGAGCAGUGGCCCAGGAAGGUACAUUAAGUUCUUUGAUGAGGUAGAGGCCAUAGUGCUGGACAGGGGAGAGGAUGGGGACCAGGAUAUGCAGAGAGGACCUGAAGGGGACCAGGGAGCUGGGAAGCUGGGACAUCCGGAAGGCCAGACUCAGUCUAAAGAACCCAAAGGAGACCUGGUCAUUGAGAUAGACCAUGGUGAGGUUUUCAUUUUUUUUAAAUACUACAAGUUUACAGAUGGUGAUGAGAUACUGAAUGAAUACAUUGCCUAGUCCUACUUUUAAAACUUCUAGAACAAUGCAUCUUUCAGAUGACAAUAGUGACGAUUAUGAGCUGGACACAGACCAAAACCAAAGGGAAUCAGGUAUGUGAAUUCAAAUAACCUACAGCAGAAAAGCCUUCUGAAAUGCUGUGCAGUACAUGGGCUUGGCAUGAUUGCUUAUGCUCACUCUCUUCUGCAUUCUGUCUCCCAUCCUAGGAGCCCAUCUAUCACCAUUGAAUCAAUCUAGCUCCGAGCAAUUCCAUGUGGUAACGGUGUCCGACACAGGACGGAACUGGAGUGACCAGGAGGUGCGUGCUCUGAUCCAGGUGUGGUCUGAGGAGGGCGUGUGCAGGCAGCUGGAGAGCUCCACCAGGAAGAGGGACAUCUUUGUGCAGAUCUCCCGCCGGCUACUGCAGCAGGGGGUGGAGCGCGACUGGAAGCAGUGUCACACCAAAUACAAGAACCUCAAGUACCUGUAUCGCUCCCUACAGAGGGGCAGGGCUGACAGCACAGACCCACGUCGUCUUAUGAGGUUCUAUGACGAGGUGGAUGCCAUUUUGACCAGGUCAGAUAGUGGACCUGCCAUAGGAUAUGAGAAACAAGCAGAGGCUGGCCCCAUUUUGGCCGGGGCCAUGAUUAGGUAUGAGGAUGACACAGAUGCCAUGACUCAUCCAGUUAACUCUUACACAGCUCAAAUCUAUGAACUUAUCCCCAGGAAUGAGGACAAACAAACACACACAGGUAAGAAAGUGACUCCGAUAGCCAUUGUAGAUCAACCUAAGGUCACUCCAAAUCAUUUAGUGGUGACCAUGUAAACAUUUUUAUCAAACACCGCAACGCAAGCCAUUACAUCUUCAGACAUAUCCCACAUCUAUUUUGUUGCCUAUAAACAAGCUAAUUUAUAACAUCAAAAAUAAAACCCAUUGGCCCCAAAGCUGGUAGUUGGAGCCAGUAGAACCUGGUGGAGGAAAAUAGGUUCUGAUAUUGUGCAUUAACAGUGAUGUCAUGCCUCUGUGUUCCUUACAGACAAUGCUGAGACCGAUAAAAGACAGGAUCUGACUGCAAAAAGAGGGCUGAAAAGGAAAGCGUUGGAUCAAGGUUUGAAAUUGUACCUCCUCCCUCAACAAUUUUGUCUCAUCUCGUUUUAAAAUCCACACGCGACCAAAGGCUCAGUAACAGACUAAUGAUGGACGGUGUGAGUCAGUCCUGUGACUUACUAAUAAGACUCCUAAUCUAAUCAUGGGAGAGUGGGUUAGUGAGAGGAAUCAGGAAACUGCUGAGAAUGGGCAAAAACACCAGCCUUCUUUACAAAACCGCAAUUUGGAUUCCGUGUAUCCAUGUGCUCAAAACGCAGAACAGUGUUAUCAGUAAACUGAAGAUUGCAAUCUGCCCAUUCUUUAGUAUACAUUUUGAAAUAUUCUCUCAGAACACAUCAGCACAAUCAACUUGAGAGGACCAAGGUCAAGAAUCUGUGCAGGAUAGCGUAUUUUGUACAUCAUGUGUCUCAGACUUCUACACUUAGUAAAAAGUGAUUGAUUAAUCAAUGAUGAAGGCAUUUAACCUCAACUCAAUCUCUGAUGUAUUAGUCCUCUUGAAUCCUUGUUUUCUUUAGAUACCUGUAGAAUUGUGAAGAGACAUGAUACUGGGGGCAGCUGUGCUGAGAGUAUUGACUUCCAGUGCAAAUUGGAGGAGGACCAAUACAUUCCCAUUAUAGAGAUCAACUCAGUCUGCUCAAUGGCAGCCUCUGUCUCAGCCCGACAAAAACAGGUAGGCCUAAUCAACUCCGAAUGUUAAAAAUGAUGUUAACAUCAUUGUAACCAAUUGACUGUUGUAUACAAUAGGAGUCUGAAAGUUUACGAAAGACAUUGAGUUGAGUCUGCAUUGGAGAAAUGUAGCAGUCUGGAAUCCAAGGACGUCCAGAGAUCUCUAUACUUUCACCGGAAACAAUGUAACACUUGUAGCAAAGCCAUGCUCGUGGAACGUUUGACGUCACACCUCCAUGUUGUUUUGAGACAUUGCCCACUACAAUGCAUUUUUUAAGUGAUUAAAGUUGUAAGCAUUAUAGCAGUGUAGCUAAUUAAUGAUGGGCAAGAUAGUGGGCAUUUGUGAUUAGCGGAUGACUAUACAAAAGUUUCAAGGACCCUAUAUACAUUUGCUCGCUAGAAAACAUAAACUCACCUAUGUUGUAGCGCCACAAGUCCCAAAGUUAACACUUGGGCAACUUCUAGUUGUGUUGGCCAUUCUCCUGCUGCAACACAUCCGAAAACUCCGCACUCUUCUCCGAUGCCAGAUUCUUCGAACUCGCUCAUUCUUCAAUCCCUGGGCUUCCCGUGCUUGUCUACUUCACACUGCGUGUAUCUCCACGCACAAACACUAGCCACGUGUUGACAACAGAGCUACCGCUACACGAACUGGCUCAACCUACAGGGAUACAAAAUGGGGUACUUCAUUGACAUCCCCUGACAACAGACGGAAUACUGCGUAUCAAAUUGCGAAAGUAGUACAGACUCAAAUAUCGAUUAGGACUUUGACUGAGAACCGAUAUGCAAUCAUUCACCCUGUUUUUUGGUGAUAAAGUUCAAUUAUAUUUAUUUUUAAGUAUUCAAUAGAUACUAAGUAAAAACCAAAGACACUUAUCUUACAACUAUGCCCGUGUUUCGCUGAUAUAUUGAGAUGAGCAGCAGCCAAAAAAAAACGUUUUCCCCCACGUGUUGAGGCCUACAUUACUAUAAUUGGUUAUUCCUGAAUCGAUGCUGAGUUGUAAUUGGCUUUUCUGGAUUCUGGAAGUCAGUCGUGACUCCUGAAGCGCAUUCCACUUUCUGCACUGAAUUCUCCACGAGUUGCAGGUAAAGUCGCGAGAAUUCUAGAUGAAACUAAUAUAUUUUUGGUGUACAUUUCCCACACUGUUGAUUUCAUCUAACUUUACUUGCUUUAUUUUUCAGGGUUUCAGAUUAUCUACCAACAUGGCGCCUGCAUCAGGUAUGGUUUCAUUUUUCUUCAGUUUCAAACUGCAUGAAGUCAGAUUGAUAGUCGAAGUGACAAUAUAAUUUGAUUCCACUGUAAACCCGCGUUUCCCGUAAAUAAGUGUUUCAGCGUCGAUUUAGGGUGGCUCACUGGUGUUUUUCUGCUUUCUGUUGUUGUUGUUAAAGAGCUGAAACUUGGACAGAAACUAAAUGAGGGCAAGACCAAGCAGAUCUUCGAGCUCGCGGAUGAGCCAGGCCAUGUUCUGGUCCAGUCGAAGGAUCAAAUCACAGCCGGGAAUGCGGUGAGGAAGGACCAGAUGGAGGGAAAGGCCGCGAUAGCAAACAGAACCACGAGCUGUGUUUUCAAGCUGCUGCAGGAAGCGGGUGGGUCUUCUGGCUACACUGUUUUCAAUUAUCAUUCAUGAUUGUGGUUAGUUAAUGCUAAUGUUUCGUUUGGUUAUGUGUGGGUGAGUGUGAUAACUAGUUUAGAUGUGUCCUCCCCAUACAGCCAUAUUCGUAAUGUUCUGUUAUCAAUUUUAAAGCUUUAUGGUUCUGUGAGAAAUCUAUAUUGUCUGACCCUGGGUCAGUAAAGUGUGCAAACGUUCAUGAAUGCAUUUGUCCACAGGCUAGAAUUCAAUCAAACAGCUAUGAUUAGUGAGUGUUGUUCUGUCUAUAACUGACCACCGUGGGCAGCUGUCCUGUGUAUCCAGGUCAUGUUGCAUUCCUGUAUUUUGACCUUGAGAUCACAGUAGUCCAUUAUUAAACACUCCCUUUUAAGAAAUUACUCUCCAUAUUGCAGCAAUUUGAAAAUAAAUGGGGGUAAGUGCAUCCCAUGUGUCCCUCAUGAUGUAAGCCAAACUGUGGAAAUUCAUUCCUUGUGACUCGGAACAUGCUUUUUUAAAUCAAACCGAAUGUGACCCACCCCAGCCCCCUUUCCUCACCAUCAUCUAAGACAAUGGCUUCCCUGAUUGACUGAUAAUUGGCUUCCUUCAUAGCUGAAGUAGUGCUGCUGUUUAAUCACCGAUGGCUGAGUAAGUCCUCGUGGUGUUCUUUUUAUACCUCAGGCAUCAAGACAGCCUUUGUGAGGCAGCAGUCGGAGACGGCGUUCGUGGCGGUCCACUGUGAGAUGAUCCCCAUCGAGUGGGUCUGUCGCAGGGUGGCCACCGGAUCCUUCCUCAAGAGGAACCCUGGCGUCAAGGAGGGCUACAGGUUCUCCCCUCUGAAAAUGGAGAUGUUCUUCAAGGUGUUUGUGUAUAUUUGUAUCUGUCCAAUCAUGCCCAGUAGAAAAAGUGGAUUUAUCCUCUCUUUGAUAAUCCAAUCUACCUGCCUAAUUUGUACACAUUCAUUUUCCACUCGUGAAAACAUUGAAAGUUAGGUACAUCAUCCAUCAGCAACUCAUCCACCUUCAUACAAAUAUUGCCAUGUUCUACAGUUUACAUCAAUGUCUGAAAUCUUGGUCACUAUUUGUUUGUCUCAGGAUGACGCCAACAAUGACCCUCAGUGGUCAGAGGAGCAGCUGCUGGAGACUAAGUUCUCUCUGGCUGGGCUCACCAUCGGCCGCUGUGAGGUGGACAUCAUGAACCGCAGCACUGUGGCCAUCUUUGAGGUUCUGGAGAGGGCCUGGGCCACCCAGAACUGCACGCUGGUGGAUAUGAAGGUAUGUGGCUCAGCGCCACCCUCAGAUGGUCAGGGGAGGUAACAAAGUGGACCAUGUUUUGUUCUUAGUUAGUUCUGAAAGUUAUGAACCCAUUAUGGGGCCUUUUAACAUGCAUUCCUUUGACUGUUUGUUGACAGAUUGAGUUUGGUGUGAAUGUGAGCACCAAAGAGAUUGUGCUUGCUGACGUGAUUGACAAUGAUUCCUGGAGGCUGUGGCCAGCAGGAGAUCGGAGUCAGCAGAAAGACAAACAGGUGAGAUGAUCUCCUGCAUAGCUCUGUCCAAUGCUCCUAUCCUGCCAUCCCUUUAUGGAAAAAUGCUAAUGUUGCCAUUAUUUAACCACCUCAGAUUUUGAGUUACACCACGUUAGCUGUAGUGUAAACCUGUGUGCUCUCCUCUCCUUUGCAGGUGUACCGGGACCUGAAGGAGGUGACUCCUGAAGCCAUGCAGAUGGUGAAGAAGAACUUUGAGUGGGUCUCUGAAAGAGUGAAGGUAGGCUAGCCUUGUGUAUCCCACUAGUCCUGUGCUCUUUAGCCUAAAAUAGCAAGAGCCGACUAGCUGUGACUCUUAUCAGGAGGACAGCCACUAGUUUGUAUUGAAUCAACAUACCAUAAUGAUAGAGGAUCGUGUAGUUUAACAUUAAAUUAUCUGUUGAUUGAGCAAUUUUCCAUUGUUAUAACCUAGACAUGAUGGGAUUCUCACGUGAAUCCCAGCAUUUUAAAAUAGCUCAACAUUUUGUGACCAGUCUUUGAUCAACUCUAGUAAUCUCAGAAAUGCAUACUCCCUCACAUCCUCUGUCAACUUAACCCAGUUUGUUUUAAUCUGUCACAUGACACACACAGAGACACGGUACAAGUACAGCCCAUAGUGAAAUAGUUUAGGCCGGGCAUUCAGUGGAGGCUGACGGGGUGUCUGUGUGUCCCUAGCUUCUGCUGGAGCCCAAGGCCAGUGGCAGAGUGGUGGUUCUGAUGGGCUCCACCUCUGACCUGGCCCACUGUGAGAAGAUCAGGAAGGCCUGUGGCUCCUACGGAAUUUCCUGUGUCCUCCGAGUCACCUCUGCACACAAAGGACCAGACGAGACUCUUCACAUCAAAGCUGAAUACGAAGGUGGGCUGAACUCAGCCUUAUAGCCCUAACCUUACUGUUAACCCCUAAAAACAUAGCUACCCCUCUCUACAUAGAUUGUACAAGACAUUGCUUGCUUAUGUUUAUUAAAAGUGGAAGAUUGUGGUACAUACAUUUGGAAUAAUGGCUCGGUAUGUGGAGCCUCCUGUAGCUCAGUUGGUAGAGCAUGGCACUUGCAACGCCAGGGUUGUGGGUUCGAUUCCCAUGGGGGGCCAGUAUGAAAAAUGUAUGCACUCACUAACUGUACGUCGCUCUGGAUAAGAGCAUCUGCUAAAUGACUAAAAUGUAAAAAAAAUUAGUAACUGCGCAGUAUACUGGCUAACAUUAUAACACCUAUCUAAUAUAACAUUUUAUAAAUCAUGAUUUGGCUCUUCUGUAUGGAUGGGCUAAUAUGCAGUAUUUUCCCAGGGGAUGGAGUACCGACUGUGUUUGUGGCUGUGGCGGGCAGAAGCAACGGCCUUGGUCCAGUGAUGUCAGGAAACACCGCCUACCCAGUCAUCAAUUGCCCUCCUAUCACCCCUGACUGGGGGGCACAGGACAUCUGGUCAUCCCUUCGCAUGCCAAGUGGUGAGUACAUCCCUCCAUGCGGUCUGUCUUGCUGUGUGUGUACAGUACUGUAUGGUAAUUAUCCCGGAAAUGAAUCUGUGUGUUUACCCUAACCCUGAUUGCUCCUCUCUCCCACAGGUCUUGGCUGCUCCACAGUCCUCUCCCCUGAUGCUGCAGCCCAGUUUGCAGCUCAGAUCUUUGGGCUCAGUGACCACCUGGUGUGGUCCAAACUGCGGGCCUCCAUGCUCAACACCUGGGUGUCUCUGAAGCAGGCUGACAAGAAGCUGCAGGCCUGCAGCCUGUGA